CCUGCUAUGGGAUACAUAUAUGAGGCCAUGGAUAGGGCCAAAGAAGCGAUUGCUAACUCUUUUAAUGGGGAUGAAAAUAAGUAUGCACCCAUUUUUCAAAUCAUUGAUAAUCGAUGGGAUGUUCAGCUUCAACGCCCCUUGCACGCAGCUGGUUGGUACUUGAACCCAGAAUAUUUCUACAAGGCUGAACGUAUAGAUCCAAAGAUCAUGAUUGGCUUAUAUGAUUGCAUUAAAAAGUUAAAUCCAGAUGUAAAGGUUCAAGACCAAAUUGAUGCUGAGCUUUCGAUGUAUAACAAUGCAGAUGGAUUCUUUGGAAACUAUAUGGCUAUUAGAAAGAGAGCUGAGAAAUCACCAGCUGAAUGGUGGGCUUCAUAUGGAAUGUCAACACCCACGUUGCAAAAAUUUGCAAUUAAAAUUCUUAGCUUGACUUGUAGUUCAUCUGGGUGUGAAAGUAAUUGGAGUGUGUUUGAAAAUCUUCAUACUAAACGGAGAAACAGGCUUGAUCAACUUCGUUUAAACGACUUGGUGUUUUUGAAAUACAAUAGAGCAUUGAGGCGUCGGUAUCAAAUGCGUGAUACCAUUGACCCUAUCAUAUUGACCCACAUUGAUGAAAGCAAUGAAUGGUUGACUGGAAAACUUGAUGAGGAGAAUGAUAAAGAUGAUGAAAUUGUUUUUCCAGAUGACGUUGGGGAUGGGUUGACAUGGAGUAAUGUCGCUGCAACUGCAGGAGUUGGAAAGCCUAGUUAUCAAUUUAGAAUUAAACAAACUUGAUCACAAUCAGGUUCAACUUCGGCUUCGA